UAGAUGCUGAUGGAAUUGAUGAUAAUGGAGUCGAUGAUUUCGGUUUUGAUGGUUGUGGAGUAGAUGCUGAUGGAAUUGAUGAUAAUGGAGUCGAUGAUUUUGGUUUUGAUGGUUGUGGAGUUAAUUGUUGUGGAGUUGAUUGUUGUGGAGUUGAUUGUUUUGGAGUUGACGAUUGUGGAGUUGAUGGUUGUGGAGUUGAUGGUAGUGGAGUUGAAGGAGUUGAUUGUUUUGGAGUUGAUGAUUGUGGAGUUGAUGGUAGUGGAGUUGAAGGAGUUGAUUGUUUUGGAGUUGAUGGUUGUGGAGUUGAUAGUAGUGUAGUUGAAGGAGUUGAUUGUUUGGGAGUUGAUGGUUGUGGAGUUGAUGGUUGUGGAGUUGAUGGUAGUGGAGUUGAUAAUAGUGGAGUUGAAGGAGUUGAUUGUUUUGUUGCGGCAGCCGAUAAGAUUAUAGAGAGAAUAACUAUGCUUAAAGCAAAAAAUUUAAAUUUUAAACGGAUUGGAGAGAAAAAUGUACCUCUUUUUAUAUUCUUAAUGAAUCCUUGUGUUCUUUUCUAG